ACGUCGGAGGGUGACGUUACGCCGCCGGACAAAACUUACGAAAACAAUUAUUGUGGUUCACGUACUUUUUCGUGUUACCAAUUAAGUUGUGUUUGUGAACUUCAACAUGUUUUAGUGGAUCAGAUGUGUCCGAAUUGGCGUAGUGUUUAAGUUAUUUUGUGUUUUGUUUGUUAUUUACGAUGAAGUUGGACUCGGGAGUUGGUAGGCGUCGCGGUCGCAGCCUGCUCGGCAGCCUCGCAGGGUUCAGCCUCCUGCUCUGGGUGGGAGCUCAGGCCGCGAACCCGCUCGGCCCCUCCGAGAGGCCCGAGGCUUAUUUCAACGGCAGCUCCUACAUACGACUCUCGAGGCCUAUAUCGCUCAAGCAACUCGUCGGCCUCAACUUUCGGACAUGUGUCGGAGGCGAGCUGUUCUCCCAGCGUUUCGCCGGCUACACUCUCCACGUGACCGCCCUCCUGAAGCAGGUGGUGGUGUCCUGGGUGCGGCCGGGGCAGCAGCAGCGCGAGCAGGCCAUGAACCGGAGCACCCUCGACAACAAGUGGCACUGGGUGGCGCUCAACUACCAGCCCAACCCGCCCUCGCUGCAUCUAGAGGUCGACCGCGAGUCCAAGGUGAUAUCGAACCGCACGCUGAACCCGUCGCUGCUGUCGCCCGGCAACCUGCAGGCGGACGGGGCCGAGGUGCUGGUGGGCAACGUGUUCGUGGGCUGCAUCCACGAGGGCCCGCAGCUCGAGUUCCACGCCAGCGCACAGCUCAGGAACGUCGAGUUCGGGGAGUGCCCGCUCACCAACAACUGCACCGUGCGACAAGAAGACGUGCAACAGCACCUCCCGCGGGAUCGCUGCUACAACGAGCCCUGCAUGCGGCACGGGACCUGCAUAUCCAGGCUUGACAACUACGAGUGCAUCUGCUCAGCGCGGUACACCGGCAAGAACUGCGAGGUGGACACGGGGGACCCGUGCGCCUCGGGCCCCUGCCAGCACGCGGGCCGGUGUGUCGAGGACGCGCGCGGCGACUACCAGUGCGUCUGCGACCCGCGGUACCACGGAGAGCAUUGCGAGCUGGAGGUGUCCGAGGACCCGCUGUGCGUGGCCGGGCCGUGCCGCAACAACGGCAGCUGCAGCGUGCCUCCCACCGCCGACACCUACGUCUGCUCCUGCCCCCCUGGAUACACCGGCCGAAACUGUGAAACGGAUGUGGACGAGUGCGCCUCCUCGGGCGCCAGCGUGGCCUGCCUCAACGGAGGCCGGUGCGUCGACGCGGUCAACAACUUUACCUGCGACUGCUCCGGUACCGGUUACACGGGUCCACGUUGCGAGUCCAACGUCAACGAGUGUCUUGAGGAGCGGGAUAUUUGCGGCCACAACGGGUUGUGUUACGACACGUACGGCGGGUUCGUGUGCGUCUGCCAGCCGGGGUACACGGGCGAGCGCUGCCACAGGAUGUCUCCUUCGCCCUGCACGUCCAACCCUUGCGGCGCCGGCGGCGAAUGCAUCGAAGACGGCCCUGUGGACUUCCACUGCAAGUGCCGCCGCGGCUGGGCGCCGCCGCUCUGCGCCACCCCGCUACCGGCCAGCUGUGACGUCACGUGUCCGCCGCGCUCGCACUGCAAGGAGACCGGUGUGCCAACGAUGGUAACCGGUGUAAUGAUACAGAAACAAGUGAUGUGCGUUUGCGAUUUAGGAUUCUACGGCGCCCCAGGGUUGUCACCGAACUGCACAACUCUGGAACUCGCCUGCGAGUCAGGGGUGUGCCAAAACGGCGCUACCUGCAGCCUAGGCACCGACCAUUUCAACUGCACGUGCGCCCCUGGAUACAAAGGGGCCUAUUGCGAGCUGGCCGCUGCGAAGGCCCUCUCGGACCUGAAGGCGGCCCCGGAGCGGUGCUCGGCCCAACCCUGCGCCCACGCAGACGCGUGCCAGGACACGCCGAUGGGCUUCCGCUGCUCGUGCGUGCAGGGCUGGUCGGGCGUGCGCUGCGACGUGCCCGACACGUGCGCGCCGCCGUGCCAGAACGGAGGCGUCUGCGAGGAGGGGGCGUGCACGUGCCGCGCGGGGUACGAGGGCGCGGCGUGCGAGCUGGCCGACUGCAGGCCGGCGGGCUGUCCGCACCAACAGGAAUGCGUAGAACAAAACGGCACAUGGCGAUGUAUCACACCAGUGGAUGAAUCAGCGUGCACCCCUCACCCGUGCAACAACGGUACCUGCGUGCCAUUGGACGGCGGCGGCUUCGUGUGUCAGUGCGGCGCCGGCACCAAUGGUGAGUGCUGCAUCACACCAGGGGACCAAUCAGCGUGCACCCCUCACCCGUGCAACAACGGUACCUGCGUGCCAUUGGACGGCGGCGGCUUCGUGUGUCAGUGCGGCGCCGGCACCAAUGGUGAGUGCUGCAUCACACCAGGGGACCAAUCAGCGUGCACCCCUCACCCGUGCAACAAGGGUACCUGCGUGCCAUUGGACGGCGGCGGCUUCGUGUGUCAGUGCGGCGCCGGCACCAAUGGUGAGUGCUGCAUCACACCAGGGGACCAAUCAGCGUGCACCCCUCACCCGUGCAACAACGGUACCUGCGUGCCAUUGGACGGCGGCGGCUUCGUGUGUCAGUGCGGCGCCGGCACCAAUGGCAAGUUCUGCGAUGUCGACAUCGACGAAUGCGCCGUCAAACCGAAGAUAUGCAACAACGGAGUGUGCGUCAACUCGCCUGGUUCCUACCAGUGCUAUUGCAGGCCAGGGUACACUGGUGAAAGCUGCGAGCAAGAUAUAAAUGAGUGCCUCUCCGCGCCGUGCAAAAACGGAGGCGUGUGUCACGAUCUGGAGAACAACUUCGAGUGCACGUGCAAGGAGGGGUACAAAGGCAAAGAUUGCUCGAUAGAUAUCAACGAGUGCGACUCUUCGCCUUGCGCAGAAGGCUCCACUUGCGUAGAUGGCGUGGCGAGCUACUCCUGCGUGUGCCAGGACGGCCUUACCGGACCUACUUGCGACGUUAACAUUGAUGAUUGUGAAUCCCAACCGUGUCAACACGGCGGCCGCUGCAUCGACGGGCUAAACACAUACACCUGCGACUGCAGUAACACGGGCUACGCCGGCGUGCACUGCGCGGUGAACAUCGACGAGUGCGCCUCGCAGCCCUGCGAGAACGGCGCCACCUGCCGCGACCUCGUCUCGGACUACCGCUGCGAGUGCCACCAGGGGUACACCGGCAAAAACUGUGACGUCGACAUCCAAGAAUGCGCAAGCAAUCCGUGCAAGUACGACGGCAUAUGCGUGGAGCACAGCAACACCAGCCUGUACCAGCCGGCGGACGGGCCCCCGGUGCAACUAGGCCCGCAGCCGCAUAUGGUGCUCCCGGAUGUGUUCUACAGGCCAUUCUCCCCUGAAAACGCCCACGGGUACGAAUGCAUAUGCGUGUUCGGCACGACGGGGUCCCGGUGCGAGGUGAACAUCGACGAGUGCGCGGCGAGCCCGUGCCGGCACGGCAAGUGCGUGGAUGGCGUGGGCGGGUACUCGUGCGAGUGCCUGCCCGGCUACGAGGGCGACCACUGCGAGAUCGACAUCAACGAGUGCAACAUAUACGACCCUUGCGGCAUCCACGGGCGCUGCUACGACGGCCGGGCGACCUACUACUGCGCCUGCGACCCCGGCUGGGGCGGGCGCAACUGCUCCGUCGUUCUAGAAGGAUGCCGCCAGCAACCGUGCCGUAACAACGGCACCUGCCUGCCGUGGCUGCGACACGAGACUGAACAUCGGUUCAACUGCAGCUGCACCCCGGGCCACCACGGACGCACGUGCGAGAAGAUCACAACAAUGUCCCUGGAGAAGCGCAGCUACGCCGAGAUCAACACGACCCGCGAGGAGGGCUACGACAUCUCGUUCCGGUUCAAGACCACCCUGGGCAACGGGCUGCUGGCCAUGGGCCGCGGCCUCACCUACUUCUUCCUGGAGCUCUCCAACGGCAGGCUCAACCUGCACUCCUCGCUGCUCAACAAGUGGGAGGGGGUCUUUAUUGGCUCCAAUCUCAACGACAGCAACUGGCAGAAGGUGUUCGUCACAAUAAACUCGUCGCACCUGGUGCUCGCCGCCAACGAGGAGCAGACCAUCUACCCCAUCAGCCAGAACGAGGCCUACAACUCCUCGGUGACGUCCUUCCCGACCACCCGGCUCGGCACCGCCGGCUCCUCGUACGCCACCGUCACGCACGGACCGAACUUCUUCGUGGGCUGCUUCCAGGACGUGGUCGUCAACAACCAGUGGGUGCUCCCAGAGGACUCGAACGCCACCGUCCCGGACCCGGAGCUGGACGAGCCGGACACGGUGGUGCGCGCGCAGCUGCACGGCGUGCUGGCAUCUUGCCCGCGCAGGGAGCAGUGCUCGCCCAACCCGUGCCGCUCGGGCGCCUGCGAGGACGCCUGGAGCUCCUUCGUGUGCACGUGCCCGAGGCCGCACCUCGGCGACACGUGCCAGUACAACUACACCGCCGCAACCUUCGGCCAAGAGUCCGCGACGCCGCAUUCAGUGGUGACAGUGGCGGUGCGCGAGAGCGCCCGCCGGGCGGUCCACGCCGCGCUCGACAUAUCCAUGUUCAUACGGACCCGCAAGCCCACCGGACAGAUAUUCUACCUGGGCUCCAUGCCGAGGUACGGCCAGACGGAGGAGACGCUGGUCGGCGCGUCGCUGAAGGGCGGCGAGCUGCUGGUGCACCUGCGGUUCAACCAGACCCCCGAGGACUACACGGUGGGCGGCACCAGGCUCGACAACGGGAACCUGCACCUGAUACAGGUUGUGAGAAAUUCAACGUUGGUGCAAGUGAAACUGAACGGGACGGAAUACUUCAGGAAAUCCAUCUCGGCGGCGAAACAACUGGACGCUCAGGUGCUGUACCUAGGCGGGCCGCCGCCGCCGCCGCCCGAGGCGAGCACGCCCGCGCCCUCCUCCCCCGCGCCCACCCCCGGAGCCCCCGCCGACCCGCUCCCCGCGCCGGCCACCCCGCGGGUGCCCACCGACGCGGACUACUUUAAAGGUGUCAUACAGGAUGUCCAGAUUUCAAACGGCGUGAACGUGACGAUAGUGGAGUUCUUCCCGCUGCGCGUGUCGGGGCUCCAGCUGCCGCUGUCGUUCGGCGACGUGACGCUGGACCCGGCCGGCGUGCUGCCCGGCGAGGUCUCCGACGACGCCUGCGCCUCCAGCCCCUGCCUGCACAACGCCACCUGCAGCGUCACCUGGAACGACUACACGUGCUCGUGCCCUCGGGGCUACAAGGGCAAGCAGUGCGCCGAGGUGGAGUUCUGCCAGCUGCAGGCCUGCCCCGUCAACUCGCACUGCCGGAACCUCGACGGGGGGUACGAAUGUAUAUCCAACGCGACGUUCGACGGCGUGAACACGACGCUGGGCUACCGUCUGCGGCGGCCGCGCUCGCUGGAUGGCUACUCCGACGUCCAGCCGCCCACCUCCAUCACCAUCACAUACAGGACGAAACUCGGCGGCACCCUGUUCCGAGCGGAGAGCGUCGCCGGCCCGGACUCCUGGUUCACCGUCGGCGUGUACAAGGAGCAGGCCUCUCUGGAGUGGCGGCUCGGCGGGGCCUGGCCCGAGAAGAGGUCCAUACGGCGGUCACUUCAGACGCACUCGCAGUGGAGCGUCCUCAAGAUUGCCGUAGCAAGAGACAUGCUCACUGCGGCCUUUGUAGACUCGACCGGGCAUGACGAGAUCACCACGACGUCGCCCAUAGACCAGGCGGCCUGGCAGCUGUUGCUGACCGACGGACGGAUCUAUCUCGGCGGGUCGGCGCCGCAGGAACACACACUGCAGCCCGCGGUGGAAGCGUCGACGGAACAGAACGUGUUCGAGUACACGGAGGGGGACGGGUUCACCACGGACAACGACGCCGGCAAAUACUUUAAGGGCUGCAUGGGCGCCGUGUACGUGGGGUCGCUGUUGCUACCGUUCUUCACCGACGGGGAGCUGUACGUCGGCUUGGCGGCCUCUAAACGCGACGCGCAACCCCACUACGAACUGAUAAGCGGCCGUCCUUGGGGUACCGCCGACGGCGGCACCACGAUAGGCUGCGUGCUGUGCCUCGAGCAAGACUGCGCCCGAGGCGGCCGCUGCGAGGACGUCCGCUCCUCGUACGCGUGCGCGUGUCCCGCAGGUUACUCCGGUGAUUACUGCGAGACCGAUAUAAACGAGUGCUUGCAUAACAAAUGCCAAAAUGGAGCAACUUGUCGUGAUCUCGUAGCCAACUACACCUGCGAAUGCCCUGAAGGAUUUACCGGACAAUUCUGCGAAACGGACAUCGACGAGUGCGCGUCCAUUCCGUGCGAGCACGGUGGCACUUGCACGGACACGCCGGGCGGCUUCGUGUGCACGUGCGCGAGCGAGUGGCGCGGCGACCGCUGCGAGACGCCGCGCGAGCGCACGUGCGCGCACCAGCCGUGCCAGCACGGCGCCACUUGCAGGGACGUGCCAGACGCCCCGCGAGGCAACAACUACACGUGCACGUGCUCGAGCGGCUGGGUGGGCGUGCACUGCGAGCGCGCGUUCUGCGAGCUGCAGCCCUGCGAGCACGGGGCCUGCGUCGCCGACGGGGAGGUACCAGGGUGCUUGUGCGAGCCCGGGUUCACCGGCGUGCACUGCGAGACGGAGAAGGACGAGUGCGCGGAGGGCGGCGCGCAGCGCUGCCUGCACGGCGGCACCUGCCGGCACACGCGCGGCGGCUUCCUGUGCGUCUGCCCGCCAGCGUGGACAGGCCUCCACUGCGAGGCCGACGUGAACGAGUGCGACAAGGACAGCGUGAGCUGCGGCCCCACGGGCACGUGCGUCAACCUGCCCGGCUCCUACAUAUGCCAAUGCGAGCGCGGCAAGUGCGGGCACGAGUGCGCGCUGGCGGACCCGUGCUACCCGGCGGGCAACGACACGGGCCCGUGCGAGCACGGCGGCGGCUGCACGCAGCGCUGCAGCGACGUCGUCGACUACACCUGCGAGUGCAUCGACGGCUGGGCCGGCAAGAACUGCUCGCAGCAGAGUGUCGCAUCAGAAUCGGAAGGCAGCGACUCGACGUCGUCGACAGUACUGAUCGCGGUCGGGUGUGCGCUGCUGGCGGCCGCGCUGGCGGCGCUCGCGCUGGGCGCGCUGUGCGCCCAGGCGAGACGCAAGCGCGCCACCCGCGGGACCUACAGCCCCUCGGGCCAAGAGUACUGCAACCCCAGAGCGGAGAUGAUGCACCACGCGCUCAAACCACCCCCCGAGGAGCGCCUCAUAUAAAGAUCCGAGCCCCGGGCGGUCACCGCUCGACCACACAAACGCCAAGUACCUGUGCGGGGCGUCACUCCACGACCCGACAUCGCCCGCAAACCAAACUUAAUUAUCUAGUACUUACUCAAUGU